CUUAUUAUUCAUGUUGUCAGGUGAGAGUCGAGCGGCCGCAGUUCGUCCGAAGUUACACCGAAACUUCCCUAAUAAUGUGGCACUGAAGAUGAGUCGACAGCAGGACGAGCAGGGUGUCGUGUUAACCGCUUACACCAGCAACACUGAAGCCGUGCUGAGAGCAAAGGAAGAGCAAACGGAGUUUCUAGGAGCGAGAUGUACAGGUGUGUUCCUCGUUCAGCAGCUGCGAGCCCAACUCCCUGUGGGAUCCUGUCGGCCGGAGCACAGCGGCCUGAGGAGAAGCCGCAAAACCGGUCAGUACAAUGUCCAGAGGAGCAAAGGCCCCGGCAAGGCCCCGUACCAGCGCUGCAGCUCGCAGGACUCUCUGGACGAGCAGGUCAUGGUGGACUACUUUAAAGAGCUGGAGAUCAUCCAGCGCAGCGGAGACGCGGAGACGCAGGAGGACGAGCAGCUGAAGGUGGCCGACGAGGGGGAGCAGGAGGAGGCGUGGCUGAUGGAGGCGGGGCUAGCGACGCUGUUCGACGAAUCGGCUUCAGGCGGCGAGGACAGCAUCGCUCUGCUGUCGACUCUGACCCGAACGCAAGCGGCCGCCGUGGCGAGGCGCGUGGAAACGCUCAAACAGACGCUACGCAAGCGGAACAAACCAUAUACUGUCCCAGAUGUCCGAGAGAUCUUUAAACCAUCACCUGAUUCACAAAGUAAAGAUGAGGCCGAAUCCACAGACAGAAGUGGGAGCGGGAAACUGGAAGUGGAAGGAAUGGGUAACGGGGCGGGGCCUGAUGCUGACGCCGAGACGGACAUUAACCUGGAGGUGUCGUUCUCCGAGCAAGCGCUUAUCUACAAAGAAGGGUUGAAGGUUACCCAGCCCCAGAGCGAGGCGGACGACAGGUUACCCGAUUUCAGAGUGUCUCAGGAUAAGACGGGACAGACUAAAGUAGGCGAUCUCUCCGCUGAGGAUAUGAGGAAAGUUCACAGACUGGUCCUUAUCGAGAUGAGCGCUCUGUUCGACACGUGUGGAAUCGAGGUGAAGGCCCAUAAAGCUCUCAAGGUCAAAGUGAGAGAGUCGGGUUUGUUUGGUGUUCCUCUCUCUACGCUCCUGGAUCAGGACCAGCGGAGGAUCCCAGGAACCAAAGUGCCUCUCAUACUGCAGCAACUGAUCUCUCACAUCGAGGAGCAGGGUUUGGACACGGAGGGAGUCCUCCGGAUACCUGGAGCCGCCACCAGAGUGAAGGCAAUCUGUCAGGAACUGGAACACAAGUUUUACGAAGGCAUGUUUCCAUGGGAGAGCCUGAAGCAGCACGACGCGGCGAGUCUCCUGAAGCUGUUCAUCCGGGAGCUGCCGUACCCCCUGCUGACCGUCCAGUACUUCAACGCCUUCGCCUCCGUGCUGAAGCUGCCCACUAAGAAACAGCAGCUACAGGCGCUCAAUCUGCUGGUGCUCCUGCUGCCAGAGCCCAACAGAGACACUCUCAAGGCUCUGAUGGAGUUCUUCCACCGGGUGAUCGACCGCAAGGACAGGAAUAAGAUGACCCUGAACAACGUCGCGGUGGUGAUGGCGCCCAACAUCUUCAUGUGCAAGGGCUUCCGCAGUAAGAUCAGCGAACAGCAGGAGUUCGCCAUGGCCGCCGGCACCGCCAACAUCGUCCGGCUGCUCAUCCGCUACCAGAACCUGCUCUGGACGAUUCCCAAGUUCAUCCUGAAUCAGGUGCGCAAGCAUAACACGGAGAACCAGAGGAAGAUGAACCGAGACCGAGCGGUGAAGAAGCUCCUGAAGAAGAUGGCCUACGACCGCGAGAGAGCCUCUGACAAACAGGAGAAAAGCAACGAGGCUGACGGAGGCUUCAUACGGGUUCAGGCGCCGCAGUUCUCCAUGGUGUCCAUGGCCGUCCAGCUGACGGAGGAUUUGAAGGCCUCAGAUGUGCUGGCACGCUUCCUCAGCCAGGAGAGGUCUGUGUCUGUGAGGAGAGAAGACCUGUGUCUCUAUGAGAUGGGAGGAAACAUCAAGGAGAGAUGUCUGGAUGAAGAGACGUACAUCAAAGCUCUCCUGGAGCUCAACCCCAGUGCAGAGUGGGUCAUUAAAUCUGUCCAGCACUGACCCACAAGCCAAUCCGCCCACCACGCCACGUGCCUCACACACCACAGGUGUGUGUCCAACGGGAAACAGCAGCUCUUCAUCACCGCGCUGGGACAUGAACAAUGCGUUUCAAC